GUAGAGAUUCGAGAGAGAGCUGAAAGAAGAAAAGAAAAAAAGAAAAAAAUGGGGAAGGCAAAGAAGAUGAAGGGAAGCCAAAGCUUUAGGCAAAGGCUGCUUCUUUCGACACUUUCUUCAACACGUAUCGUUAUUGAUGAGAUUCGUGCCGACGAGACUAUUCCUGGUCUCCGUCCCCACGAGAUUUCUCUUCUCCGCCUCAUCGAGACUGUCACCGAUGACGCAGUCGUUAAAAUCAACGAGACUGGUACUCAAUUAAAGUACAAGCCUGGAAUUAUAAUGGGAGGGAAGAACUUGGUUCACAACUGUGCCCUGACCCGAUCCAUUGGCUACUAUCUGGAGCCAUUGAUUGUGUUAGCAUUGUUUGGAAAGAAGCCCCUUUCGAUUAGGCUCAGUGGAAUUACAAAUGAUCCAAAAGACCCGGGGGUCGACACCUUCCGUUCAACUACCUUACAUAUCUUAAAGCGUUUUGGAGUCCCUGCAGAGGGUUUAGGGCUUAAAAUUGAAUCCCGUGGAGUAGCUCCUAAUGGGGGUGGAGAAGUUCUCUUAACAGUUCCAACUGUUCAGACUCUAACUGCGGUUCAUUGGGUUGAAGAAGGAAUGGUGAAGAGGAUACGUGGCAGCACUUUCUCUGUGAGAGUGAAUUCUGAUUUUGAACAUUCCAUGAGAUUCGCAGCUCGUGGAAUCUUCAACAAUCUCUUGCCUGAUGUUCACAUUGAAUUAGAUCACAGAGCUGGCGCUCAGGCUGGAAAAUCUCCUGGAUAUGGGAUAUCAUUGGUAGCAGAAACAACUACAGGGUGUUACAUAUCUGCAGAUACAACAGUCUCUUUUGGAAGAACUGACGAAACUGGAGAGCUUGAUUUUGAGAAGAAAAGUAGAGUGUCAGCUGAAGACACAGGAGUUGAAAUAGCUUCAUGGCUUCUUCAAGAGAUUGAGAAAGGUGGAGUUGUUGAUUCUACCCACCAGGGAUUGCUGUUUAUACUGUGUGCCUCGUGCCAACCAGACGUGUCAAAGGUUCGAGUCGGAACGUUAUCUUCUUAUGGUGUGGAGACGUUGAGGAACAUAAAGGAGUUUAUGGGAGUUGAGUUUAAUAUCAGACCUGAUCCAUCGACAGGGACUGUUAUACUCAAGUGCGUUGGAAGUGGUUUAGUUAACCUCUCAAGAAAGCUUUCUUGAUUUCUCACAAUUAUUGUUGUUUGUCAACAUAUAACAACUUUACAAUUUUGUCAAUGUAAACUUUGAAUGGAUGUGUAUUCUCGACCUUAUUACAUUUACAUUUAUAUAAUUAUAUUUAUGCA